CUCCCUCACACCUCCCCCAGCUCACCUCCUCCCACCCCAGCAUGGCCGCGUCCACCACGUCCGUCUGCUCCAGCGCUUACUCCAACUCCUGGCAGGUGGACGACUGCCCAGAGAGCUGCUGUGAGCCCCCCUGCUGCGCCCCCAGCUGCUGCACCCCGGCCUCCUGCCUGACCCUGGUCUGCACCCCAGUGAGCUGUGUGUCCAGCCCCUGCUGCCAGGUGGCCUGUGAGCCCAGCCCCUGCCAAUCAGGCUGCACCAGCUCCUGUACACCCUCGUGCUGCCAGCAGUCCAGCUGUCAGCCGGCUUGCUGCACCUCCUCCCCCUGCCAGCAGGCCUGCUGUGUGCCCGUCUGCUGCAAGCCUUCCUCCUGUGUGCCCGUCUGCUGCAAGCCUGUCUGCUCCAAGUCCGUCUGCUGUGUGCCUAUCUGCUCUGGGGGUUCCAUUUCAUGCUGCCAGCAGUCUAGCUGCCAGCCGGCUUGCUGCACCUCUUCCCCGUGCCAGCAGUCCUGCUGUGUGCCCGUCCGCUGCAAGCCUGUCUGCUGCAAACCUGUCUCCUGUCUUCCCAUCUGCUCUGGGGCUUCCACUUUAUGCUGCCAGCAGUCUAGCUGCCAACCGGCUUGCUGCACCACCUCCUGCUGCAGACCCUCCUCCUCCGUGUCCCUCCUCUGCCACCCCGUGUGCAGGUCCACCUGCUGCGUGCCCAUCUCCUCCUACUGUGCCCCUGCCUCCUCCUGCCAGGCCAGCUGCUGUCGCCCGGCCUCCUGCGUGUCCCUCCUCUGCCGCCCCGUGUGCUCCCGCCCGGCCUGCUGAGGGCUUGGCUCAGGCCAGGAGUCCAGUUGCUGAUGGGCACAUCCCCAGGACCAACUGGUCCUGACUCGGGUUAGAGGUUGCCCCCACCUGGGACGGGGCCCCUAUAUGCUGAGGUGACCUCCCCCUUGCUCCCAGGAGCCCCCAUCCACGCAGCUUCCCAGCUCUUGCCUCCUAGCAGGUGCUCACCUGCCUGCUGGGUCCCCUGUCCUCCCUCCCAGCUUUUCUGCCUCAGGUCACUCGGCCUUGACUUGAACCUGUCAGCACCUCUUCCUGCUCUCAAAUAAACUCCCCUUGGUCACCUGA